AUGAAUGAUAAUAGUUUGGGUGGAAGUGGUUCAUCGCAGAACGGUGGCAGUAUGAACUAUAAUCAUGGUAAUCUUCAGAGUAGUGGCAAUAGUAAUACACAUCAUAACAAUCAUAAUAGCGGUGGUACACUUACAACUAGUUUCGGAUCUGCAUCGGGACGUGAUAAUCAUCAUCAACAACAACUGCAACAGCAACAACUUCAACAACAAUACUUUCAAUUACAACCGAUCACUCAUACCAACAACAACCCAAAUGAAUUCCUCAAGAAUCCUAACAUCUUCAAGCGUGUCUACGAUGAAUUGAAACAGACACCCAAACCAACACAUCCAAUCCCUCCUGAAUUCCCAUUGUCAAAACAGAAUACAGCACCUAUAAAAUUGAAUUUGAUGGAUGGUCAUCCACCUCAGGUGGUUUGUGGUGCGCAACUAUCGAUUUGGCAUGACACUGCAGGACCUGGUAUCGAGCAGUUUUGGUCGACUGGCAAUGAGAAUUCGAUGAAUCUUGCACCGGAUUUCCUGACUUUCAUCGCUAGACAAACGCUGUGUGGAUAUGACAUAUCGAUGGAAUCGGAAGAGAUGAGAUUCAACAUCUAUCCAGAGCAGAAUGAAUAUGAUUUAGCAUCGUUCACUUCAGAGUUAAUCAAUGUUUGUACAAACUUUGAGAAUGUUUUCAGUGCUGGUUAUCCACACGUAGAGAUAUCACAGACGUUCUUUAUGGAAAGUACUAUUCCUUCACCUCAAGAUCUAGAUUUUCUUAUUAGAGCUAUAUCAUCACAUAUUAUUACAUCGGGAUCAACCGUUGUUGUUGGAAGUAAGCACAACGAGAUACUGAAAUGGUUGGAUACACUCUAUAUGUUUUUGACACCGAAUGAACGUUAUAUCUCGUCGAGACAGGUAAACUCUCAUGAAAUGAUACCCGAUCUAAUGAUACAGGGUCUAUUGAAUGUCAAUCAGAAGCAGAUCGAAGAGAAACUGCCUUUCUCACUCAGACCUACAACUGUCAUUGAUAUCGACAAGAAAGAGGUGUAUCACACCGAUAUCUUGCAUCAAUACACCAGCUUUCGUGAGGAUUUCCUCAUAAUUUCUUCACCAUCUGAGUACUCGACAUUAACGAUAUUAAAAGAUUGA